AAUAAUUUAUUACCUUUGAGACUGCAAAUCACAGAAAACAAACUAAACAUAUACUCCUGCAUCUUCAGAGAGAACAUUCCGGGAUCUCACAGACAGAAGAUUUCAAAUGAAGGUAUUGGGACUAAACAAGAUGCUGUAGCCAAAGACGAUGACGGCUGGCUGAUAAAAGCGCCCAGUGAGGUCCGGACGAUAGAGGGGUACCCAGUAGUGCUUCCCUGCUCUUUCAGCCACCCGCAUCACACCCAUCCCUCCUCCAUACAUGUAUUGUGGACCCUGGGCCACGGACGGGCCUCCACUCUGCUGUUCAGGUGCGCGAGCCUCAACAACAGCCAGCUGUGCCAAUCAAAACCCAACCAGGACCAGCGCUACCGCCUGGAGGGCAACCACCGAAACCAUGACGUCUCACUCAGGAUCAACAGCGUGACCUUGAAGGACAGCGGCCGUUACUACUGCCGCGUGGAGAUACUGGGGCAUCACCAUACGAGCUUUGAGAACGCACUCGGUACUCGUCUACGGGUGGAGGCUGCACCACGAAUCCUGAGUUUGUCAGCCGAGGGGAGUGAAGCUGGCUUCAAAGCCGUGUGUCACGUUCAGGGUUCCCCUCUUCCUGACGUUCAAUGGAUUGAACCAGACGGUGUUCAGGACGGAGACACUUCGUUCCCUCUUUCUCAAGACGCUACCGGGCAAUACCGUGCUUCGAGCCAACUGCUGGACGUCAAACCUGGACGACAGUACAUCUGUGCAGCUUCAAACUCUUUGGGAAAGGAUCAAGCCACGCUCUACCUUUUGCCCCCCAGUCCAGAGAAGUUAACCUCAAAGAGCUCGGUCUCGCUCCUUGUGCUGCUUCUUGCUCUGGCUUUGGGCAUCAAGCUGCUUUUGGCUCUGGGUGUGGGGGCUUGGGUGAUCAAAAGGAGGUUUAGCGUCAGAGCUAGCAGCGUGGAACACUGAAAAGAAGCGAAUGUCAUGCUCACAUAAUCAGAACACUCAGGUCUGUUUCUUGUCUCAUGUAUGUUGUUAAAAAUACAAAGGCUUGAAAUAAACUUCCUCUUCUGAGCUGAA